AUGGCCAGCGACGGCGUCACAGGCGCGGCCAAUGUCAGUACCCCCAUCCUGAUGACCAUGGCUGGCUUCCUGGCAAUCUCCUUUUACAACGUCGUCGAACUGUUCGUCAUCAUCUUCACCACCUUUAAGCAGCGGAGCGGCCUGUACUUCUGGAGCUUUAUUGUCGCUACCCUCGGAAUCGCUCCCCACGCUCUCGGCUUCGUGCUCAAGUUCUUCGGCGUCGUGCCAGCAUCACUAUGGUGGAUACCCGUCCUCCUGGUUGCCAUUGGCUUCCCGGCCAUGGUGACGGGGCAGUCGGUGGUGCUCUACUCGCGGCUGCACCUGGUCAUGCACGAUGCCCGAAAGCUGCGGCUGGUGCUGUACAUGAUCAUCUUCGACGGCGUCGUCAUGUCGGUCCCGCUGAUCGUCAUGGCCUUCGGGUCCAACUCGCCCAACCCGGCGCCGUUCCUCGGCGUCUUCACCGUGUGGGACAAGAUCCAGAUCGCCGUCUUCGCCUUCCAGGAGAUCCUCAUCUCGGUGCUGUACAUCUACGAGACGACGCGGCUGCUGCAGCCGUCGCCGACGUCGAACCGCGCGCUGCGCAAGAUCCUGUACCACCUCGUCGCCAUCAACGCCGUCGUGCUCGCCUUCGACGUCACCCUGCUCGGCGUGCAGUACUCGAACCAGUACGAGAUCCAGACGACGUACAAGGGCGCCGUCUACAGCAUCAAGCUCAAGCUCGAGUUUUCCGUCCUCAAUAACCUGAUCAGCGUCAUCAAGGACAAGGACCUGUCCUUCGGCGGCCGGGGCUCGUCGUCGGUCACGCCGUCGCGCCGCUUCGACACCUUCACUUUCAACAACCGGCGGAGCAAGGGAUCGGCCGACUACGGCGUCUUCUCCAGAAUCGAGGAGUCGGGUCCCGGCUCUGCUCCAAAAGACGCGAGGGCGGGGGACGACUUGGUCAUCGAGAGGGUCAAGUACGUGGGCGCGAAUGAAGCGGGAGAUGCCGGUGCGGAGAGGCUGGAUUCUGCUGCGGGACAGCAAGGGGGCAUCGGGAUCGCUUUCCAGCCCACAAAGCCACUGAGGCCCCCUUCUCCAUCGCAGGCGUCGGAGCUGGAGCUUGUCAUGCUGCCAGAGACGGGUCGCAUAGUGCCCAAGAGCUCGAUACCAGCAUCAUAA